ACUUUCCAAUGACACCCAUUUUUUUUGGUGAACAUUUUCUUGUAAGUUCAACAGAAUGAAACAAUAUUCAGAUCAUUUAUUAGUCUUCGAAAGACAUAUUUAUUGUGGUGAAUUUUAGUUUUUUGAACCUUCUUCAAUCUGAAUGUAUGUUUUCAACAGAAGAUAAAUGUUAUCAAAAAACUGAACUUUUGAACAUUUCAUCGAAAGCAAUACCAGAAGACUCAAUAUAGUAUCAAUAAAUUUCCAUUUUCAACGAAAAUUCUGUUAAUUGGUUAUACCAUGGGAGCAAUCCAGCAUGAUGAAGAAAUGUUCCAGAAGGUUCGUAAAUUGGAAUAUCUGGCAAUCGAUCACAAUGGCAUCGAAUCAUUUGAAGAGGAAGCCUUUGUUCACCUGCUCCAAAUGAAACAUCUGAACGCAUCUGAUAAUUCCCUGAAUCAUUUCAACGCCGAAUGGUUCAUUCUCAAUAAGAAAUUAGAAGUAUUGGAAUUUUCACGAAACAAAUUCCAACGAAUACCAGGAAAGGCCUUCGCAGGUUUGAGUGAGCUACAGGUGGUGAAUUUCGAUUAUAAUGAGAUUGAUUACAUUGAGCCUGGGUCGUUCACGGGGAUCAACAAUUUAGCUCAUCUAGGAUUGAGGAACAACAAGCUCAAAAGUAUCCGAGCAGAAAUAUUUCCCAAUCAAGUUAGAAUCGAGUACUUGCUGAUUGGUGGCAACUACCUCAAUUUCCUCCCAAACCAGCUCAUGGAAAGAGUAUCACAUGGCAGGAUCCUCAUGGACAUCAAUCCGUGGAAGUGUUCUUGCAUGGAGAAUAUCUAUUUUUGGCUAUUCAGAACGCAUGCCGUAAUGGAGCAAGACACUCUGUGUAGUAGAGAAGACGUUCCUGUUUGUGCAAGUCAAAGAAUUUUUUCCUCUUCGUGUCAGGAAUCUGUAGAUGAAGGACUAACACGGAGGUUUAUCAAAGCUUUAACAAAACUGUCCACUCCUAUCGAAGAAAGGUGUACAAGACUAUUGUACUUCAAUCAAUUGGAAGGAUGGUCUUUCGACUGAGUGAAAAUAUUGCUGAGGAAAUUUGAAAAUUUCUAUAAAUAGUUCUCAAAACAUGUUCAAAAAACUGUAUAUCAAUAUAUUUUUUCAUAAGCUACA